AUGAUCGACCCGUUUAAAGACAAAUUCGCGUAUUUCAAGGACAAUAUCCAAACAGCCGAGGAUAAAGAAGAGUUCGACGCGAGUCAGUACUAUUACCAUCGGGACGAACUCUCGGGAGCGAAGAGUUUGGGUCUCAGUGGCUCCAGUACCAACGGCCUUGGUACCACUGGCAGCCCGCACUUGAGUCUCUCUGCCUUUCACUCGAUGGCCACUGGGCUCGGUGCAGUGGCGAUGGAUACGGAGACAGCAGAAUCGCAUCUGGCGCCGCUGCAUAGCACCUACUCGAGCUACAGUAGCGGUCUUAUGCAAGGAGGACCUACUUCAUUCUUGGGUGGAGCUGGUGUAGGGCAUUUGCAAGUGGGGGCCGCGAUGCCUCCAUCGCACGACAUGCAUCGCAUGAGCUCAGGACGGAGUUUUCAAUUGCCGACAGAGAGUAGUAAUAGCACGCCUGAUAUGUCCGAGUUUCCUGCGCUAAGCUCCAGAAUGGGCUCGCUAUCGUUGGACGCGAGCUUCGAGGGAUCGGCGGCUGACCGAAUGCGGGCUCAACCGUCUGAGUUCGUCAUUCAGAAGGAAGACUUUCCUGCACUCUCAACGUUUGGACCUGGCGCUUAUGAAAAGAGCCCUGUGCGAACACCGGCAGAACUCAAGAGGCACUCGAGCUUCACCUCUUCCGCUGCAGACGGUUUGCUAUCGUCGCGGCUAGAGCAGCAGAAGGGUGGGACAUCAAUAGGUAGCCGUGCGGGCGGUGUGAUGUUGUCUGCAAUGGGAGUAGGAAGCAGCGGCAGCGUAAAUCUAGGCACCGAAGCGUUCAAUCAUUUCCGCGCACCGCGUCCAGACCAACAGACUGCUAGUGGCGAAGCUAGCAAGGGCAAGCUCGACCCUAGCAACCAGUAUGGCCUGUUGGGCAUGCUGCACACCGUCAUUCGGCCAGGCGAUGACUCAAAGAAGAAUCUAGCAACGGGUUGCGAUCUGACGUCGCUUGGAUUGAAUCUUAAUGCGGCAGAACCGCUGCAUCCAACUUUUGCAUCUCCGUGGGCCGAAGAACAGCUGACAGAGGAACCGCAGUUUUCAUUGCCGACAUGUUACUACAAUCAGCCACCAGUGCUUAAGACAACGCAUUUGUCCAAAUUCCAUCUCGAGACACUGUUCUUCGUAUUUUACUCGAUGCCCAAGGACGUGUUGCAAGCCUACGCUGCCCAAGAGUUGUAUACUCGCGAGUGGCGGUACCACGCCGAACUGAAGACCUGGUUGAAGCGGGCGUCUCCGGCUGAUGCUGCUGUCGUGAAUAACCAUUUGAGCUCGUCGGCAGGUGGCACAAGUACUGGAGCAUCAGUGGUCGCAAAUGGCAACGGCAGUAUUGGAUCCAUUGGUAGUGCAAUGGGAUCAGGCACAGGGCAUUCAUUAGCAAACGGCUCACUUGCACCACAGUUCCUGUACUUCAACACCACCACAUGGGAACGACGUGUUUUCACGGGGAAUAUCAACUCGAUCAGUGCUGGACUUCUGGGUGAAGAGGAGAUUAGGGUGAAGUUUAACGCAUCUUCGUAA